ACGUAGCAGAGACCCGAAGGAAAUUUUUUUGGGGCUGUUUUUUCUCCCCAGAUUUUCUAUUUUUCGGCGGAAUUCCAGGUCGGCUUUUUGAUUCUGCUUUCUCCAUUCGAGAAACUGCAAUACCCACAAAGAUGGCAUUCCCCACGCGACCUCCGCUUAUGCCAGGGGUGCCAAUCUCAACAAUGAUGGGGACACCCUUUACCCUAGCACCUAAUAUUGUGCCAGCAGUUGGCAUUCCCAUAUCACAGAUUCCUACACCAAUCUCAAGCCGUCCUCAGAUGCGCCCCAUCACAACGAGCUCCACCAGUAAGCCCACGCAGAACACCACCACCAACCAUGGAAUAAAGCCGCCCAGCUACUCGAAACGACUUGAGUCAUCAGGGCCGGCUGUAACGGUGUUUGUGGGCAACAUCACGGAGAAAGCUCCUGAUGUGAUGGUGCGGCACAUUCUCAACACAUGUGGCACAGUGUUGAGCUGGAAGAGGGUUCAGGGGGCAUCUGGAAAGUUACAAGCAUUUGGAUUUUGUGAAUUUGGCAAUCCUGAUGCAGCUCUGCGGGCAAUUCGCCUUCUUCAUGAUUAUGAGAUAGCGGAAAAGAAGCUGGUUGUCAAGGCAGAUGCAAAGACCAAAGAAGUUCUAGAGGAGUACAAAGAAAAGAGAAAAAAGGCCAAGCAAAAUGGCGACUCAUCUCCCUUGCAAGAUGAGGUGGACGAGGGCGACGACUACCUGGAUGAGGACAUGAGGGUGGAGGACACAGCCGCCCUGAGCCGCAUCAACAGCAUCUUGGCCGACCACAAAAAGGAUAUCAUGAAUUACGUCCCACCUCCGAACAAGCACGACAUGAGAGAGAAGAGGAUGUCAAGGGUCCAGGAGAAGCUUGUUGCGCUCUCCAGUGGGGCCGACAUCGCGAAUAUCCCCACCACAACCAACUUAGAUGACAUGGAGGAUGUGGAGGAGGGAAAGAAGGAGCUCAUCACGCGUGAAAUCACCCAAUUCCGGGAACAAAUGAAGAAACAGGAGGAAGAGAAGGAGAGAGAGAGGAGGUUGAGAGAGAAGGACAGGGAGCGGGAGCGAGACCGCGAGCGAGAAAGGGAGCGGGAGAGAGACAGAGAGAGGGAACGAGAAAGGGAGAGGGAGCGAGAGCGAGAGCGAGAAAGGGAGAAGGAGAGGGAGCGAGAACGGGAGAGGGAAAGGAGAGAACGGGAAGAGAAGCUGAAGCGGAGGUCUCGUUCAGGUUCCCGAGGAGGCAGCUUGCGAAGGUCACGCUCUCAGUCAGUGGAAAGCCGCAGAGUGAAGAAAGAUAAAAGGUAUUCCAGAUCUAGAUCACCCUCACCUGUACGAAAGAGUGAGAGGGAUUUACUAAGGGAGAAAGAAGAAGAAGCAGAAGACAAAGAACGCAAGGAACAGGAGAGGAAAGUUCGGAAAAAAGAGAUGCAGUAUCAGGAGAGAUUAAAGAACUGGGAGACACGUGAGCACAAGAAGCAGAAGGAGCUCGACCGUGAGAAGGAAAAGGACCGCAUGAAAGAGCUGGAGAGAGAGAAGGAGGCAAGGAGGCUCAAGGAGUUCCUCGAAGACUACGAUGACGAGAGAGACGAUCCCAAAUACUACAAAGGCCAUGCAUUCCAAAGAAGACUUAUGGAGAGGGAGCAAGAGAAGGAGAUGGACACUCGGGACCGUGUCAAGGAGAAGGAGGAGCUGGAGGAGCUGCGAGCCAAAAUUCUUGCUGAAGGACAUGAUAAUCCGGAUGCUGCAUUCCAAAAGGCUUGUGCUGAAAGAGAGGAACAGUACAGGCCGAAGCUGCUUGUUAAACCUGCAGAGAAGAAGAUCCCUCCCCCAGCCCCAGCGCCUGUGGAGGCCCAGCCAGCGUUACCCCAAGCCCCAGAACAGCCACCUCUGCCUAGCGUGCCAGCAGAGUCAGACUCAGAUUCAGACGGCCACAUGUCUGAUGCCCCACCUGAGCCCAUGCCAGAUAUGGAAGACAGUCCUUCGCAGGGUGGUGACUAUGAAAAUAUGGAAGACAGUCCUUCUCAGGGUGGUGACUAUGAAAAUUCGUUCCUGUCGUCCUCUGAGAGUACACAUCAGCCCCAAAAGAGGAAGAAGUUGGAUGUCAAAGAUGUCUUUAACCAAGAUGAUGAUGACAUUUUGGCCAAAAAGAAGAAGCUGCCGUUGCCAGAGCGAACACUUACUGCCAAGGAGGAUCCUCUGCAGAAACUAUUGAGAAAUACAAUCGAACCAGGCAAAGACAAAAGUGGCAAGGAGAAGGGUGGUGGCGAAGAGAAACGCAAACAUAUCAAGAGCAUGAUUGACAAGAUUCCUACGAGUAAAGAGGAACUCUUUGCUUACCCAAUUGACUCGUCUCUUGUUGAUAAUGUCCUAAUGGAAAAGAGAAUUCGUCCCUGGAUCAAUAAAAAGAUCAUAGAAUAUAUUGGAGAGCCAGAACCCACGUUAGUCGACUUCAUCUGCUCAAAAGUUCUGGUUGGAUCCGAGCCACAGUCCCUUCUCAACGAUGUACAGAUGGUCCUUGACGACGAAGCCGAGGUGUUUGUGGUGAAGAUGUGGCGAUUACUCAUCUACGAGAUAGAAGCAAAAAAAUUAGGUGCUGUAAAGUCUUAAUUCCCCCCCCCCCCCCAUCUCACCUAUGUUAGGAGGGUCGAAUUAGCCGUUGUAAGGUUAUUUUAUGUAUCAUAUUACAGUAAAGAGAAAGUCAAUCAGG